UUUAUUGUUCUCCACGAUUUCAUUCAGCAGCACGGACGGAACUGCGCUAGCAGCAAGUAAGCACUUUUCGGUUUGGCCACGUCUACUCCCUCUUGUCUGGACUCUGGAAUGGUGGAGGUGCAGCCAAUUUAUAGUUAAACUGGAAAAUAUUUAAUCGGUCAUUGCUACAGACGGGGUGUGAAAUAGUGAAUUACGUUCGGGAAUUAGUGUGUUUCGCAGUGCUUUGUACAAAUUGAGUCACUAAAAAUGGCUCCAGCGACAGUUUUGUUAGCUAUUUUUGGCUUUAUACAGUUCUGUUACGCCGGUGAAGCUGACGUACUGGAUCUGACUGAUAGUGAUUUUUCCACUCGGAUAGGAUCGUACGAUUCGGAAACCUUGCUGGUCAUGUUCUAUGCCCCAUGGUGCGGCCACUGCAAAAAGCUGAAACCGGAAUACGCCAAAGCAGCCGAAUUGCUGCGUGGCGAAGAUCCGCCAAUCACCCUGGCCAAAGUGGAUUGUACUGAGGGAGGCAAAGACACUUGCAGCAAAUAUUCUGUUUCGGGUUAUCCCACGUUGAAAAUCUUCAAAAACGGCGAAGUUUCACAGGAAUACAAUGGACCACGUGAGGCCACUGGUAUCGCUAAGUACAUGAAAUCUAUCGUUGGGCCGGCUUCUAAAGAUCUGUUGACACUGGACGCGUUUGAGGCUUUCCUACAAGUGCAGGAGACUAGCCUGGUUGGUUUCUUCCAGAAAGAAUCCGAUCUCAAGGGUACCUUUUUGAAAUUUGCCGACAGCCAACGAGAACGGCUACGAUUUGGCCACAGCAGCGCAAAUGAUGUAUUAGAGAAGCAGGGCGAAACUGAUGCCGUUUACCUAUUCCGCGCUAAGCAAUUAUCGAACAAAUUUGAACCGGACUUUGUCAAGUUCGAAGGCAAGACCAAGGACGAUUUGAACACCUUCGUAAAGGAGCACUUCCACGGACUUUGCGGAGUUCGCUCUCGGGAAACUGUUAACGAUUUCAAAACACCAUUGGUUGUCCUUUAUUACGCUGUAGAUUACGUUAAAAAUCCAAAAGGAACUAACUAUUGGCGCAAUCGGGUGCUGAAAGUCGCUAAGGAAUUCGUCGGCCGAGUUAAUUUUGCUGUCAGUGCUAAGGAUGACUUCCAGCACGAGCUGAACGAAUAUGGUUAUGACUAUGUUGGAGAUCAACCAUUAGCACUAGCCCGUGAUGCUAAAAACCAGAAAUUCGUCAUGAAGGAUGCAUUCUCAGUUCCAAAUCUGCAAGCCUUUGCCACUGACCUGCUGGAAGGCAAAUUAGAACCAUACGUGAAAUCGGAACCUGUACCGGAAAAUAACGACGCCCCAGUGAAGGUUGCCGUUGGUAAAAAUUUCGAUGACGUGGUAGUAAAUAAUGGCGUUGAUACACUUGUCGAGUUCUACGCUCCGUGGUGCGGCCAUUGCAAGAAGCUGACACCAGUAUACGAUGAAUUGGCAACUAAACUGAAGGACGAAGAAGUUUCUAUUGUUAAAAUGGAUGCAACUGCUAACGAUGUACCGCCGACGUUUGACGUUCGUGGCUUCCCAACACUGUACUGGUUAUCGAAGGACGAUAAGAGCAAUCCCACUCGCUACGAAGGUGGUCGUGAAGUAGAUGACUUCGUCAAAUAUAUUGCUAAACAUGCUACUAAAGAGCUAAAGGGAUGGGAUCGUAAAGGUAAUGUAAAGAAAGUAGAGUUAUAAUCUCGUGGAUACGAAACGAAACGAUAAGUAAUCCGUAUGAAACGCGGAAGCAUGAAUCAAUCGUGUACUAAACUAUAAUUGUCAUUUUGAGUUAAAAAAAUCGUUCCUUUAGAAUCCCAUUUUCAUUGAACACUUUAUGCGGAGGUUGUAACUAUCAUUUAAAAAAAAAUUUGCUUCCAAUUAAUUGAACCAUGUAUUGAAACCAACAAACACUGAUAAUGUCAAGUGAAAAUUUGAUUAUUUGGUAAGCAGCAAAGAAUGCAUUUAGUUUAUAUUUAAAAAAAAAUAAAAUGCUUCAUUGGUCGAAGCGUUGUUUGAGAUAAGGAGUAAAUCGUUUUCCCGAAUCGUAUCGUGUCUACUUUUUUUUAGGAAUGUAUGCAACACAGAAUGUAUGGUUCUUCGUGCAGUGCAUUUCAAAGAAACAAAACCGAAUAAAUAAAAAUCUGACAUUUUUGGU